AUGGCUCAAGGACGCAUCACUGAGGUGGAACAUACCUUUGUCCAGGUGGAGGAUAGCAUGGACAGUGUGAGGCUGCUCUUUGAGGAGUGCAUAGACGUGGGCCGUCUGGAAAGUCGGAGGGGCGAAUUGGUAUGGGAGCUGUUGCACCUGGAGCAGCUUAUUCUGCAGGCUAAGGAGGCUCUGAAGGGACAGUUGUUAGAGGCACGUAGAGUCUUACCAGCAUCCAGUUGGAGUAUAUUAAUCUGCAGAUAGAGGUGGGACAGGUGAAGAGUAAGCGGUUUGUCAUAGCCAGAGACUGUAUCCAGAGCCAGCUGGCACUGGCUGCACGACAGUACGAGAUGGCCCAGUCCACAGUCACACAGGUAAAGUGGAGUGGAACCCCCACAACAUUGCAUGUAAGCUUUUGUGAGAAAGUAGUUAAUGUACCCUGAGUGAGCGGUAACAGUAUGAUGGGUGAUGACUUUUUCUCAGCAUUUUCCUGUGAUUGAUUUUUUUUAAAUGUUCUUGGUCAUCCCUUUGAUGCGACUUUUCAUUGUGUUGACGUGUUAUGUUGAUGGACGUUACCACAGAUUUGUUAUCGUUGUGUUAAUGGCUGCCUGUCAUCUGAGAGUUAAUCACACAUUGUUUGUAUGAGUGUAAACUAGCUUUUAUUCAUUUUUCUGCCCCUAGGAGGAGCUCCAGGCCCAUGUCCAGAGUCUCACCGAGGAGGUUAGCCCAGCUUCUGGAGACAUUUACAUUUACAUUUUAGUCAUUUAGCAGACGCUCUUAUCCAGAGCGACUUACAGUUAGUGAGUGCAUACAUGAUUUUUGUAUUUUUCAUACCCCCCGUGGGAAUCGAACCCACAACCCCUGCUCUACAUCCCUGCCGACCAUUCCCUCCCCUACCCUGGAUGACGCUGGGCCAACAAUUGGAGACCCAGCACAACCAGCUGAACACCCUGAAGGACCGGGCCGUGAGCGAUGUCACUGUGCCUCAGUGGCAGCAUGAGGAAUCUAGAAGGCUGGUUUGAGCCGCGACUGCUAGCCCUGCUCCGGAGGAGGCAGGCUGGGAAGGAUACCUUGAGCCAGUAAAGGUGUGAUGUAACGGUUCUAAUUUCUUCUCAUCAGGAGACUGUGGACUCCGUUGACGAGACCAUGAGGAAGCUGAAGCUUCAUGUUCAGAAAAAGGCAAACAGACAAUUGGAAAAAUUUUAA